AUGCUAACAUGUUCUAAAAAUCUGAAAUUAAAAUUAUAUACAGUUCCUGAUGAUCAGUUUCCUAAAAGGAGACACACUGCUUCACGAUCCUUGAAGCUCAGUUCAAGGAAAAAAAAAUUACAAGAUGACUAUGAUAUAUUUUAGUACCUUAAAAACGAAAAUACAACAGACAAUUAUAUGACAUCAUUAACUGACCGAAAGGAAAAUAGCUAACUUCAUUAUAACAAUACUUCUGAAGUAAGGGUCAGUAACUUGUUUGAAAAAGAUAAAGGGUUCUUAAAAAAGUUCAAUGAUGUACAAUCGAAAAGAAAAUAAGAAUAACUUUUAAAAGCUGAUUAUUUAUUAAAGAAAGAUUUAGCAGACUUGAAUAAAAUUGCUUAAAACAGUGUUUAAUCAUUCUCGAGUCAUUUUUCUCUUUACAAUCAUUUCCACUUCGAACAUUUAUUAGAGCCUUAAACAACAAGACCUGAUUUGCAAUUACCACCAAAACAGACAUUUUCAAUUUUAAGUAAUCCAAAUAAAAGGGAUAGAACUUAUAAGGUUCCUUUGCAUUAACCUUUUAUUUCAUAAGAUAAAAUAAUUAAUGAGCAAUCUCUAGAGAAAGUAAGAUUUUUGAAUUAGAAAAUGAAUCGAAUGAGCUUGAAUUUAAUAACAAAACUAGAUCCUUUGAGUGAAUAGUAUUUUCAAUAGAUCUAAGAUGGAAAUGUGGAUGAGCUCAAAAAGUUGAUAAAGAAAUAUCCUCAUUUAUUAUAAUAAAGAACUCGAUUGCAAGAGACAGGCCUUCAUGUGGCUGUAAAGAGAAACAAGAACCAGGUUGUUGAAUUACUAUUAAAUAAUUAAAUCGAUGAAUUCGCAAGAAAUAUUUGGGGAUAAACAUCAAGAUAAUUGGCAUUCAAAUUAUAAUAUCGUAACAUUUUAAAAAUGCUUACAUAUGAUUAGAAUUAGUGAUUAUAGAUUAAAAUUUUUAUACAAUUAAAUAA